AUGGUUUCGAGAACAUCUAUGUUUAGAUCAAUUGUUGAACAUGCUCAUAAUUCAAUAAAAGGUAAAACAUCAGCAUUAAAAAAUAUUCCUAAUACUACUGGUAGUAAUUAUUCAAAAUUUGAUCAAUUAACUAAUGGACAAAAAAUUGAAGUAUUAUCUGCUAUUAAAAGUUUAAAAAGUUAUGAAACAAAUUCAAAGGGAGUAAAUGAAAGAAGAAAAGAAUUAUUUAAAAAAAUGAGUUGGACUCAACAAAAUCUUGGUGAAAAAGUUGGUUAUUUACAAAAAUUAAAAUCAAUUGAUAAAGCAAUUGAUACAAAUCAAAAAUUUAUUGAUGAUGUUGCAAAUUAUGCUGUUUCAAAUUAUGGAGUAAGUCAAAAAGAUUUCGAAUUAUUAGAAAAUGAAUCAAGUAAUUCAAGUGGUAAUAAUUAUAGAGUUAUUGAAGCAUUGGGACAUUAUACUCGUGAUUGGACUCCAAAUAAUAUAAGUUUGGAAUUAUUACCAAUUUUUGAAUAUAUCGCAUCACAAUUGGAAAUGUUAAUUGAUUAUAGACAAAAAAAAGAUACCGUGUUGGUGUUUCCAGGAAGUGGAUUAGGUAGAUUAGCUUAUGAAUUUGCUAAAUGGGAUUAUGGUGCUGUGUAUUCUGUUGAAAAUUCUGGAUUAAUGAAUUUAUUUGUUGACUUUAACUAUAGCAACAAUACAAAGCCAUAUACAAUUCAUCCAUAUAUUCAUACAAAUUCAGAUUUUUAUAAUACUAAAUCACAAUUAAGAACAUUUGAAUAUAAACCAAUUGGAGAAACAAAUAAACCAGAAUCAUUACAUAUAGCACAAAAAGAUUUCACUCAAUUUGAAAUACCAGAUAGAGAUAAAUAUAAAAAUGUUGUAAUUGUAUCAGUAUUCUUUUUAGAUACUGCUGAAAACCUUUUCAAUUAUUUAGAUACAAUUGGAAAAUUAGCCAAACCUUCUGGAAAUGUUGAAAGAGGUUAUUGGAUUAACGCAGGCCCAUUGAAAUAUGGAUCAGCUGCUCAAGUUGAAUUAAAUGCUGACGAAUUAGCAGAAGCUCGUAAGAAUUUAGGCUGGGUUGAUGCUCAAAGUGUUUAUACUAUUUAUGAUCCCUUAUCAUUGGGUAAUAAAACUGGUUUAGUUGGUUAUUUGACAGACAAAGAAAGCAUGUGGCAAGGUUAUUAUGGAUUAAAUUUAUUCACAACUUCAAGAAAAGAGAAUAAAUCAUAUAAAGAUACUACAUUAGGAUAG